UAACCACCCUGUUCCAAUUGUCACUGUCAAAACACUACUCAUUUAGAAAAAAAUUCUAUUGUCGAACUGAAAUUUUAGUGCAUAAAACUUUCGUGCUUCUUUGAGUUUUUAGUAUAUUUAAACGGUUUUUGUUCGCUUAAUGAAAAUAUAUAAAAAUUCCUCCGUUUGGUAACAAAAAUAGAAAAUAUUCUUGCAAAAUGUCCAGCGGACGCGAGGAAGGAGAAAUCGAUUCAGAGGAAGAUGGCCUGCGAAAGCGAAUACAUGAAUUGGAGAAUGAAAAUGCAGAAUAUGAAAGGAUUAAGCGGAUUUCGGAAUGCUAUGAAGACAAAUAUGGCAACAUGUAUAGGUUGAACGAUUAUAAUGCUUGGGAAGCUGUACAACGCGCUGGUCAAGUGCCCACCGAUGUAUCCUCUAUUUCAUCCGUUGAAUUUCCCACACCAAAGAAGAAGAAACAUAAAAGAAAGAAAAAUAAAUGUAAAAUGCAUGACCGUCAUUUACAGUCUCGUAGUCAUCGCUGUACGCAUCAGCGGCAUAAACAUUGUAAAAGUCAAUUUCAUGGUGAGAGGCGACACCAUCAUCGUAGAGAACGUUUGCUUAAUCCUUACUAUGAAAGUCGUAUUGAAACAAUAUCGCUGGACACCAGUGAUAACAGUGAUUAUGAAAAAGAUAAUUACUCCAUAGCCACAAUGGAUAUAGAAAGUCCCGAUGAAACUGCUGCUGCUAAUACAACAUUGCCUUUAAACCGUGAAGAGUUACGAUUGGCUCUGUGUCGUAGUGCGGGUGAGAGGAAAAAUAACACCUGCUCACUAAGACAACGUCUCCAGCCCGAUAAAGUUAUUGAACUAGAGGACAUAGAAAAAACAGAAACAAUGGAAGAAUCAGCCGGAAAUUCGAAUGAUGUAGAAAAUGUUGUUGAGAUUAAUAGUGACAAUUCCAUAUCCAUUGAGGAGCAAGAGCUGCGCUUAAUCGCUUUAAGAUCGGCUAUCAUGCGCAAGCAUGCGACUCGUAAAAAGCGUAAUGCCGAAAUAGCCUAUUCGCCAACAGAUUUCGAUGAUUUGCUAGUUGAACCAGUUGGUAGUCCCAUCGGUACAGAUAUCGUCGAUUUGGAUGGUGAUAUGGAAAUAAGUCCUGCUAGUUCACCACGUUUGCUACUCAGUCCCAUACAAUGCGAUGAGGAGGGAAAUAGUAAUUUGAGUUUGGAAAUGGUAGAUCAACAAGUUGAUAAUAAACCUGUUGAUAUGGAUUUGGCCAGUAGUGAUAGUGAAGUGGAGGAAGAUAAUGGUGCCAAUGUUGUUAAUGCAAGUCUUGAAGAGCAGCAAAUGCAAGAUAUACCGCUACCUGCUGGUGCGCCUAUGGAAAGUGUCAAUCUACCUAUGCCGUACAAUUACGCAAAUCAUGGUAAUGUUAUGCCAUACGACAUAUAUGUGUCUGCUAUGCCAUAUCGUGCACCAUUAGAUAUGCCACAGGCCGUGUUGCCAAUACCUAGUUUCCCCGCAACUACAGCAUUAGCUAAUUUAGAGAAGCCGUCCGCAUUUACGAAAGUUAUACCCCUUGAAUUCGUUAAGAAUGAGAAUGUUAAUGAAGAGCGUAGAUUAAGUGCCUCACCGAAAUCAACUACCAUGGAAAUUAUAACAGAAGAAACACAAGAACAGCCGGAAGAGUGCAGUGAUGAAGAUGAAGCGCAAGCUUUGCGUGCUUUGCUGCUGUCGCAACGUCAGGCGGCGAAAUCAACGAAAAUGAAUGGGCUACGACUAAGUGGAAAAUCAUCACCAGCGCAGGUUACAACGUUAAACGAUGAAAAUCGAUCACAACACACAGAGAUCGGAGUGAAGGUGGAAAAUAUAAUUAGAGCACAAGCACAAGCAACUGUCGAUAGCAGUAAACCAACGCCCACCGAAUCGAUACUAAAAGAGGCCGUACGCCGUUUAAAAGUGAAAACCAUUGAAUAUUGCGACAAUGUGGAAAAGGUGCCACUGCCGCCAAUACCAAUUGUGCCACGCUUAAAAAUUAAAGCUUUUGCUCGCUGUAGAGAUUUUGAUGAUGUGAAUAACGCCCAAGCUCAAACAUCAACCGCCAUAGAGAAUGACAUAUCAACAGAUCACACGCAGGCAACAAAUGCAAAAAGCGCAUGUAAUCAUUUCACACAGCACGACGAAAGUAGAAGCAGCAAUGAGAGCAUGCAACGCAGAGGUACACCUGAAAUAUUGGGCAUACAAACGAACUCGAAUGUGAAUACCGGCGCUAUGCAGCCAACAAAGCGACGUUUAGAGAAGGAAGGUGUAACUGCGCUUACGCUACGCUUGAAAGAGUUAAAGCAAUUGUCUGAAGGUCAAUACACCUCAGAGGAGAGCAAUGGUGAAAUGCUGGAAAACAGCAACACAGAGCAUAAUUAUGAAAUAUAUCCUAAGAAAGCCAAAAUCGCAACAGAACAUGCGCGCACCGCCCCAGUAACGGUGCCAAAUAAUUUGAAAUCCAAAGAGCAUAUGCCAGAGGUUAGCACGAAAGAGCGGAACACCGGCGGCAAUAGUGGUGAAAAGGAAAAUCAGGCGCGUACAACAACCACACCGAUCAAAACCAUUAAUACCGCAACAGUUGUGCCGAAGUCAAUUCAAAGUGCUAAGCCCGCAGCGAAAACACUGAAGGGGGCCGUAAAGAAAAAGGUUAACGCUACACCCGCAGCAGUGAAAAGCAUUGUUGCGCCACCCAAAAUGACCGUAGCGCCGCCACCAAAGAUUAUUAAGCCGAUAGCGCAGUUAAAAAUUGUUAAGCCCAAUAAAGUGAUUAACAAGAAUUUAGAAUUACCACAAAAAAAGCAAAAAAGCGACGAUGUGAGCACACAAAAGAAACCCGAGGCGAGCAUGCAACAAUCGCGUAUACUCACACCCACAACAUUGCAUAACAUCAAAGUGAAUAAACUCAUUAUACGCGUUGGCGAUUCCUCCUCCGAGGAUGAAGAGGUGCUGCGCAAUCAAACGCUAGAGCGUUGCAUCGGCCUCGCCGGUAUACGCACUAGUACGCCCGACUCGUUGGCUUAUGCCUUAAAUCAAAAUAUAUACAGCAGCAGAGAAUAUGGCACACAAAUGGAAGCGACCGGUAGCGCCAAAGCGCAAAUCAAUGAAGACAUUUCCAAUGCCUCAUCAGCAAAAGAGCCGGCGCUUGGUGAAUCAUUUGAAAAGAAAUUGGAGAAUUUCCUUAAAAAUAUACGUUCUAAAACACAUCAACCGAGUGACGACAGUGCAGCGCAUGCGCAUGCGCGUGUGCGUAAGAUAAGUCUGAGUAACAGUAGUGCGCAGACGGGCACGCCAACGGCCGUACGCAGUCUGCCGAUCGCCUCACAGGAAGAAUACAAACGCUUAGUGCAUCGCAUGAAAAUACUAGAGAAGCAGAAACAUUUAAAGAAAAUGCAAAAAAGCCUGCUCGAAGACACAGAAAAGUAUACAAAAAUCCAGCAAGGUGCCGCAAAGCGGCUGCAUAAGACGCAUAACGCUAUGCAGCGUAUAGAUGAAGAUAGCCAAACCGUUAGCACAGGCACACAGACGAGCAACGAUGCGUCGACUGCGGCUGAUGAAAACACAGUUGCGACAACUACGCCACCAGAGCAAAGUUGCUCAAAUGAACAUUCCGCAAGUGUAAUUGCUAAAAUUGUCGACACGGAUGAGCAAUGCGUCAAAGCGUCGGCGAAAAACGAAAAGGUUGUAACUGAAAAGCUAAGCAGUUGGGAGAAAAUAUACGCGUCUAUUAGUAAAAAUAUACUAACGCGGCUGGAUAAAUCGCUGGCAUUGGUGCAAGAAGCAAAGUCGGCGAAAAUCGCCAAAAUGCGUCACGAGCAGCGCAUACAGCAGCUGCGGCUGGAAAUGGAGCAAACACAACGCAAAAUGAAAGAAGAACAAAUGAAAAUCACGCGUAUACAUCCGCAAAUAUGCACCAACAAUGAGUUGAUAACAAAAUUGCGUCAGAAGCGUGCGAAAGUACAGGAAAUGGCUGUGAAAUUGGGCAAAAGUGUGCAGGGCGAUGAUUAUAGAUUAAAUAAUGAUUUGAAAAAUGAAAUAGUACUCAAAACAAAAGGAUUGGCAACACAUAUAAAACUUGUUAAUUCAAUCAGGUAUUGUGAUUUAGAUAUUUUGGAUAAGCAUCAGGAAACCAUAUUGCCAGAUAAUAGUACACAAAAGUCUAUAAAUAAGAAAAUACUUGAGAAACAACGAAGUAUUGUUGAAGAAGUUACAAAUAGUGUGCCCCCGGCUACCAGUACUGAUAGUGUCAUUGUUGAAAAUGUUGAAAAUAUUUUAAAUGCUUUGCCUACGCAAGCAGAAAAGACGCUGACAAAUAUUGAAGAGACUACAAUGACACUAGCGAUUGAUGAGAAUGCUUUUGAUAAGCAAAAAAAUGCGCAACAAGCUGUGCAAAAUAAUCUAGAAUUAUCAACUGCGCACAAAGCUGCUGGUGAGAGGCAAACGGAAACUGAGAUUGUAUACCAAAGGAAUGAGAGUCCCACAAUUUUAGAUGAAGAGAACGCAGACAAGCAGGCUAGCGCGAAAGAAGCUGCCGAUGCUUGUGGCUCACCCUUACUAGUGCUUGAGAAUACUGAUAACGAACAAAUAAAUGCAAAGGGAACGUCCGAAAAUUGUGAUAAACUGAAUGAAGUACAACCGACAGCGUAUGUGGAAGCUGUAGCAGAUGUAGCGUGUGUGGCAGUGGAUGAGGCGGUGAAGGAGGAGCUACAUGCGCCGUGUGAUAGCGGCAAAGAAGUGCUGCGCGAGACUGACAACAGAAAAGAGGAAGACAACGUCCAAUUAACACAACCAGCGGCGCUGGAAACGAAGAUGGAUCGGACACUGCGAGAAUAUGUGUCGCCGCUGGCGCCCUUAAGAUGCGAAAGUGGAAAUUGGGAUCCCAACGCCAUUAUCUGUCCAUACGAGUUGAUGGGUCAAUGUGAGGAUAAGGAUUGCAACUAUAAACAUUUCAAUGGCAAAAUAAAGCAAGUCGUAACAUGACAUUCACCCUCAAAGCAAAGCUUUAGCAAGCUUUAACGUGUAUGCUAUGCAUGGGCGUGUAUGUACGCACCACAUUGAACUGAGUUCAAUAUUACCAAAAAAAAAAUACAAAUAAUGGAGUUCCAAAUAGAAGUUGCCUACUAGGUAAGUUAAAACAACUCAAUUUAGCAUUAUACACAAAACCA